UUACGCGGUGCGAUGAAGGGACUGUAAGCAUUGUAUCAAUCUCAAGAAGCCCCUUCAACCCAUGACUGACUCUUCUCCACAGUGGCACCGAUGAAAACACCCUCAUCAAAACCCUCGCGCAUCUCCAACCAGAACAAGUCGCCAGCGUGAAAGCAUCCUACCACAACUCCCGUGAUAUCGGCCGCGACCUCAUGAAGGACGUCCAUGGCGAAACCUCCGGCUACUUCCGUCAGGGCCUGGAAGGCAUCAUCCGUGGGCCUCUAGAAGAAGACUGCCACCAACUCCGCGACUCGGUCAAGGGCAUCGGCACCAAGGAGUCCGCCAUGAACGACGUCCUCCUCGGCCGCUCCAAUGCCGACCUGCACGCCAUCAAGCAGCACUACCACCAGAUGUUCGGCCACUCGCUCGAAUCGGACGUCAAGGGCGACUUGUCCAUGAAAACCGAACGCCUCUUCGACAUGGUCAUGGCCGCGCGUCGCAACGAGGAAUCCACCCCCGUCGUCCCGCAGCAAAUCGACGCCGACGUACAAGAGCUCUACCGCGACACCGAAGGCAAGCGCGGCGCGGAUCAAAUCGCCGUCUCGCAAAUCUUCUCCUCUCGCAGCGACGCUCAACUCCGCGCCAUCUCCACCGCGUACAAAGCCCGCUACUCUCGCGCCCUCGACGACGUCAUCCGCAAAGAAUUCUCAGGACACAUGGAAGAUGCUCUCCUCUUCAUCCUGCACCGCGCCGAAGACCCAGCAAAGCAAGACGCAGACCUCCUGUACGCCGCAAUGAAGGGUGCAGGCACGAAAGAUCAGGCUCUGGUGCGCAGAAUUAUUGCGGUCCAUUGGAAUCCCGAGCGUCUACGGCAGUGCAAGGCGGCGUACAAGCACUUCUAUCACCAGGAGCUGGCGGCGAGGGUCAGGAGCGAGACGAGUGGGGAUUACCAGAAGCUCAUGGUGGAAUGUCUUGCUUGAUCCUUUGUGUCAUAGGGAUGGUUGUACUAAUUAGCUAUCAAUAGAUCUUCGAGGGUUGAUCACGGUUCUGCUGGUUGUUCUCCGGGUAGACGUGAGGGGUUGGGUCCAGACGGUGGUGGUCAACGUGGCUACUUCGUUGGUUUCGACACGAGCGAGAUGUUACUUCUAGGCAUAGACAGCAGUCAAUCGAUCGGGGUUGACCAUUUUCGAACGUUUGCCAGUCCAGCGUAUCUCGAAAGCAGCGAGAGCCGGAAAAGAAGUGAGAAGG